UACGACCAACAUGACGUGCUAUUCCGGAUUUGUGCUACAAGGGAACGGCACGCUGACGUGUAACUCCUCUCUUGGAUGGAACACUAUGUCGUCGUCAUGUCAAGAUAUAAAUGAAUGCACUUCUGACAUUCAUAACUGCCAAUGAACUCCACCUGCUCCAAUUCUCCUGGAGCUUUACAUGCGAUUGCUUUUCUGGCUUCGUACAAAGUUCUUCCUCCGGUCUCUGCUCUGCUUGCGUCCUGCCAUGGAGACAGCUAGCACCGGGAUCCCGAUAUUGUGGGUAUCUGCCAGGUGUUUCGGAUAAAUAUGACAUGGCUAAUUCUUACUGUGCAUCAUGACUGGUGGCGAUGCUUGGUUGCCGAGAGUUCGCAGACAACGGGACAACAACGCCAUCUCUGGCUUCCUCUCCAGUUCAACACCAACCAAGUGUGGCUGGGUACAGAUGACAGACAGAUGGAAGGCAACUUCCUCUGGACGGAUACACAAGAAAAUCUCACAUACACAAAUUGGAUCGGCGGUGAACCGAGUAACACAACUGGCAGUGAAGACUGCGUGGUCAUUUCCAUCACUGGUACAUGGACAGCAAGGCAUUGCAACAUGCUAUUACUGUACUGUGCGUAAGAGAUAUGCCAACUUGCUCUGUGCCACAAAUUCAAAACGGUGGGAUAAGUUCAGGAGUCCAGUUCUACCCGGGAACUGCCGCAAAUGUCACAUGUAAUCCAGGCACGUUGCUGACUGGCAGUGAGAUCAUCACAUGUAAUGACAGUCUUCAGUGGCACCCAGCACUGCCAACAUGCCUAGGCGAUGUGACUAAAAUAGCAAUUGCUGGUCAAUCGACAACAAUGCACUGUGAUCUUCCACUUGUAGAGCACACCACUGUGUCGUGGUAUAGAAAUAAGCAGAAACUCUAUCAAGAUGAUCUCCUUGGAAGAGUGUCAUUUCAUCUUGGUGAUCAUAUCCUCACCAUCUUCCCGCCCAGAGCUCAGCGACACUGGUACUUACCACUGCACUACAAUGGACACUGGCGGCACUGGCAAUGUUGCAACCGUACAAGGAAACUAUACCAUAUUUAUUGUACAAACGAAUCCAUCAAUCGUUCCUCCCCUGCCAAAGUCCAUUACAUCAUUUCUGGUGCAAGGCUGGAAGUAAUGGGCAGUUUUCUUGGUAAUCCCGAACCCGACGCUGAAUGGUGCCUGACAGCGGAUGGUGAAUGCAACGGCGUGGACACUGAAAACUGUUCAGCUGUGCACACUACAGCACGCCGAGCAAAGCAGAGCUCCUAUUUCCAUCUGUUCAUACAUGCCACAGCACAAUGUACACUCUGACUGUGAAUAAUUCUCUUGGGACGAUCUCAGCACAGAUCCAUAUACCAGUGAAAGAACAAACCCGAAUCGGGCUCCAAGGAUAUUCAACACCGCCAACCUUCGACGAAGGCGAAACCUGGAGGCCACUAAUGAGAGCGACGCAAUCGAGCAAGCAUUCUC